GCAGAAGCGCCAAUGGGCUGAGCAACGAGCAGCACGUCUUGGAAGAAGAGUUGCAGGAUACAGAAUACCGCUAACUUCUAAGAUCAACCCACCAAGACACCAAGAGCAAGGGACUUUCGUUACCCAAUCGUUCGGGAACCUCUUCCCGUUUCCCAUCAACGAUGUAAAGGAGUUGGUGGUGGUGGAUAUUGUUUUAACUCCUGUAAUCGUUCAAACUGGACCGCUAACGUUAGUCAAUGAUCGGUUAGUUUGUGUUAUUUGACCGACGAGUGCCGCGCUACGAUGUUACGAGUUCAACGGUAUAAAGGAAGAAACGAUAUGAAAACUCGGAUGUAUUGAUAUAUAUCUGAAUGGAACCUAUUACUGUUAUUUGAAGUACAUCGCUUUGGAUACCAAUACGUGUGGGGUACAUUUUCACGGCGGAAAUAACCGCAUCUAGUUAUCCGGCCAAAAAAAAUGUCGUUUUUCAAUUUUCGGAAGAUCUUUAAAUUGGGGCCGGACAAAAAGAAGAAGCAGUAUGAACAUGUGCACAGAGACGAGGACCCGGAGGAGAUCUGGGAGAUCAUCGGGGAACUGGGAGAUGGGGCGUUUGGGAAAGUGUUCAAGGCCCAGAACAAGCUGAACGGGACCCUGGCAGCAGCCAAGGUGAUCGACACCAAAUCAGAAGAGGAGUUGGAAGAUUACAUGGUGGAGAUCGACAUCCUGGCCUCCUGCGACCACCACUACAUCGUUAAACUGCUGGACGCCUUCUUCUUUGAAGGGAAGCUAUGGAUUCUGAUCGAGUUCUGUGCGGGCGGUGCAGUGGAUGCCAUUAUGCUCGAGCUGGAGAGGCCCCUGACGGAGCCCCAGAUCCGGGUGGUGUGCCGGCAGACACUGGAGGCCCUGGCUUACCUCCACGACAACAAGGUCAUCCACCGGGACCUGAAGGCCGGCAACAUCCUCCUCUCCGCCUCCGGCGAUGUGAAGCUGGCUGACUUCGGAGUUUCGGCUAAAAAUACCAAGACGUUUCAGAGGAGAGAUUCAUUCAUCGGGACGCCCUAUUGGAUGGCCCCCGAGGUGGUGAUGUGCGAGACCUCCAAGGACCGGCCCUACGACUUCAAGGCCGACAUCUGGUCCCUGGGGGUGACGCUGAUAGAGCUGGCGCAGAUCGAGCCCCCCAACCACGAGAUGAACCCCAUGAGGGUCCUGCUGAAGAUAGCCAAGUCUGAGCCCCCGACCCUCAUGCAGCCCUCUCGAUGGUCUCCAGAGUUCCGUGACUUUCUGAGGAAGGCGUUGGAUAAGAACGUUGACCAAAGGUGGGGCACAGCCCAGCUGCUGCAGCACCCUUUUGUGUCUAGCGUAGCGGAAAACCGGCCUUUAAGAGAGCUCGUUGCCGAGGCCAAAGCUGAAGUCUACGAGGAGAUUGAGGAGGCGAAAGAAGAGGAGGAUGAAGAAGAGGCAGAGGUCCCUCCACAGGACGCUGGGCACAAGCGGCAGCCGUCGGAUGUCAGCGCCGCCAGCUCGGAGGACGAGAAGGUUCCUCCGCCGGCCGUCUCCGUACUGGAGCCUGUGGCCGAGCGGGCCGAGGCCCCGCCCUCCGCCGUCGCCGCGGACGACGACGACGGCGACGACGGCGGCAGCGGGAAGCUCUCCGACGAGGGGCUGGGCACCAGCAAGUUCGACAAGGACGAGGAAGAGGAGCAGAAACCCCCCGAGGCGUCGGACGCGAGCCGGGGAGACGCCCCCGUCGAGAAGGUCCCGGUCUCAACGGAGCUCCCGGAGGCCGGGUCAGACCAGGGCGCUGUGACCCUACCCCAAGAGUCGUCGGACACAACAACAUCAACAACAGAAGGCGAAGGACAGGAACCGGUGACUGUGAGCCAAGAAACCGGGGAGGAAGAGAGGGAGCCACAAGAGAAGGAGGCCGAGGGGCAGCCAAUCAGCGAAGCGACCAGCGAGGUGAAAGAACAAGACGGAGUACCAAAUGCUGGCCCUCUGCCUGCAGUAACCACAGAGUCUGCAGGGAAACCAGAACAACCAGCUCUUGUGUUAGAGGAAGAGAACAAAAGCCCUGCAGAGGAAGUGCUGCGACAGGAAGCAGAAGAGGAGAGAAAACCGCACCGAGCCGACGAGGGCGACAAACAGGAAAACGAAGAACCAAACCGAGAGUCGAGCGUUAUCGCCGAGGACGGAAACGGCGCCGCCGCCGAAGUGAAGCUCAGCACGGACGAGGUUUUGUCUGUUGAGGCAGCAGAGGAGACUCAGACCAAAGAGGAGAACGCACCGGAAGCAGAAGAGUCUAAAAGCCAAAUCAAUGAAGAAGCCAAAUCCACCCCGAACGGCCCCGAGCCUUCGUACGCCUCGAUGCCGGUACCGGCCGUCCUGGGCGGGGAAGGGACGGCGGCGUCCACCAACGAAGAAGAAAGAGGAGGAGAAGGCGUCGUCUCCGUACCGGACAGCGAGGCCGAGUCGGAGAGCAAGCGGUCGGAGCAGGGCAGCCCGUCGAUCCGGACGGACGCGGGGAAGGACUCUGACUCUGGGAGCAGCUCGGCGGCGGACAGCAGCAGCAUGGACAUCAACCUGUCCAUCUCCAGCUUCCUGUCCAAGAGCAAAGAGGGAGGCUCCAUCUCUAUACAGGACUCGAAGCGGCAGAACAAGACGAUGAAGAAGACGCGUAGGUUCAUGGUGGACGGCGUGGAGGUGAGCGUGACCACGUCCAAGAUCGUCACGGACAACGACGCCAAGAGCGAGGAGAUGCGGUUCCUCAGGCGCCAGGAGCUGCGGGAGCUGCGACUGCUGCAGAAGGAGGAGAAGCGGGCCCAGCUGCAGCUCACCAACAAGCUGCAGCAGCAGAGGGAGCAGAUCCACCGCCGCUUCGAGCAGGAGACCACCGGUAAGAAGCGGCAGUACGACCAGGAGCUGGAGAACCUGGAGAGGAAGCAGAAGCAGACGAUCGAGCGGCUGGAGCAGGACCACACCAACCGGCUCCGGGACGAGGCCCGGCGCAUCAAGGCCGACCAGGACAAGGAGCUGUCCAAGUUCCAGAACAUGAUGAAGAACCGCAAGAAGGAGGUGAAGCAGGAAGUGGGCCAGUCGCCCAAACACUUGAGAAAAGAGCUUAUGAGACGCUUAAAGGAGGACCUGUCGCUGGUUAAAAGCGCAGAGGCAGUGGCCCAGGUUAUGAUUCAGUCUUUUCAGUUGUCCUCUUGCGCACUCUUCAACGCUCAGAUGCAGGAUGAGCAGGAGUUCCUCCAGAAGCAGCAGCAGGAGUUGGACGGAGCGCUGAAGAAGAUCAUCCAGCAGCACAAGAUGGAGAUCGCCACCAUCGAGCGAGACUGCCUCAACCACAAGCAGCAGCUCAUGAGAGCUCGGGAGGCGGCCAUGUGGGAGCUGGAAGAGCGGCAACUCCAGGAGAAACACCAGCAGCUCAAGCAGCAGCUGAAGGACCAGUACUUCAUGCAGAGACACCAGCUGCUGAGGCGACACGAGAAGGAGAUGGAGCAGAUGCUUCGCUACAACCAGCGGCUGAUCGAGGAGAUGAAGAACCGGCAGACGCAGGAGCGCGGCCGCCUGCCCAAGAUCCAGCGCAGCGAGGCCAAGACGCGCAUGGCCAUGUUCAAGAAGAGCCUGCGCAUCACGGCCAGCGCCGGGCCCCCGGAGCAGGAGCGAGAGCGCAUCAAACAGUUUGCGGCUCAGGAGGAGAAGAGGCAGAAGAGCGAGAAGAUGAACCAGCACCAGAAACACGAGAACCAGAUGAGGGACCUCCAAUUGCAGUGUGACUGCAACAUCAGGGAGCUGCAGCAGCUACAGAACGAGAAGUGUCACCUGCUGAUCGAGCACGAGACCCAGAAGCUGAAGGAGCUGGACGAGGAGCACGUCCAGGAGAUCAGGGAGUGGCGGGAGAGGCUGAGGCCCAGGAAGAAGGCACUGGAAGAGGAGUUCACCCGCAAGCUGCAAGAGCAGGAGGUGUUCUUCAGGAUGAGCGGAGAGUCUGAAUGCCUUAACCCCUCCACCCAGAGCCGGGUUUCCAAGUUCUACCCCAUCCCCAACAUGCAUAACUCUGGCUCAUAGUCCACGAGACAAACGGCAUGUCUAGCUACUCAACCACUGUGGCUGUGCUCACAGGCUCCUUCUAGUGGUGCCGGACCCCAUUUUAUUAUUUUCUGACCGUUACUGAUGAAAUGGUAUGUGAUUACUACACUGCACUCUUUAAUUUUUUUUCUCCACCAUUUGCAAUUGUGACAUGCCUGACCACACAGACUUUCACACACAUACACACGUAUAAACACACACACACACAUUACAACACACACGUGCACAUAUUCAAUCACACGCACACACACAUUGUGCCACUGGUUUCCUGGCAUUGGGAAAUGUUGUACAAAGGACAAUCCUUGCUUUCUGAUAGCUUGAUGGAAGAAGACAAAUCGCAUUGUUCUAAUGAUUUGUAAGCACAGCCUCUUAUUGUAUUGAUAAUCUUCAGUGCCUGAUAAGUUACAAACUAUUAUUUAGGUUUUGUUUAGGCUCUUCCCCUCUCAAGGUUACAUGCUGAAUGUCUGGCAGGUCUUGCAGUGCCUACCGUGUAUGUAAAUGUUGAUUUACAACAAACAUCUCCAUAUGUAGGGAUAAUGUAUCAUGCCUUAUUCCAACCGUAUGUGGCCUGGGAAAGGGAAGCUUGGGCACCCACGACCCAACCCUGGAUAAGCGGUUUGAAGAUGAGGAUGAAGCCUUAUUCCAACCGUAUGUUUCUUUCAAUCUGGGAAUCCACUGUUCUGGUGUUGGGGGGGGGGGGGGGGGGGGGGGGCAGGGGCGAAUCCACUAGUGAAGCAGAGGAAGUGAUAAUCCAGACUUUUUUAUUUUUUCACAUACUAUUUAUUUGGUGUGCUGCGUUUAGGAAAUAUCAUGUUGGUUGUUAGUUGGUCUGUGAAGGGGAGGGCCGUUGAUGUUGUCUUGGGAAAGGCACGCCAGAGUUCUGUGUUAUGUGGGAGGUAGUGUGUGCUCCAGCGUUGUCUGACGUGUGCAUGUGGAGGCCAGUGUGGUGCUGUGGUAAUGUGCGUACAUUGAGGAACAUUCCACCCACAAACCCCCCCCAGUAAUGAUGUUUCGCUGUGUUAAAGCGAGGGUAGGCAAUUGUGUUUUUGGGCUUAGUUCACAUCUCUGCAUCCCGCCAGCAUUCAAUAAAUCAAAUGCUCUGACAAAAAAAAAUUAAAAGAUAUGAUAUCUGUGAUUGUCACGGGACUAUAUUACUUGCAUUUGGCCGGAAUGAAAUGAUUGGAUGGCCGACCUGUCUGUCUACUUACCUUCCCGGCUACGGGCUCUCUGUGCAUGAUAGGCAGACCUAUCGCUAAAGCUAGCAUGUCUUGUGUGUUGUGAGUGGCUUUGAAGGGAGGGGUCUUUUGUUGUUGGAUACUUUCAAAAUCUAGCUUACGCUGGAUGUUUUCUCCAAAUUGCCUGCCCUAUCUUUAAAUAGGGGCUUUGUUUUACCAAAAAGGCCAAUUUAAUGCAUACUUAAUUUUUGCUAACCCACAUAUUGCAUAUCAUAAUCACCAUAUUUGUAUUCUGGAGUUAUCAGGUACAAGUUAGACAUUCUUGCAAAGUUCUGUACUUUGAGAUUGUUUCACAUUUGGGGUGCAAAACAACCUUAUACUGAAGGAUUGUAAAGCUGUUUAUUUGCACUGUUGACUAGCCUUGAGCUAAAAGAAUAUGCAAUGCUGUCGUAUGUACGCAGUAUAUAUAUAUAUAUAUAUAAUUUUAUUUUUUGGACGCUAACUGCCCAAAAAGCUUUGCCCUUCUCCCCCCCCCCCCUUCCGAAGCCAUUUCUAGCUCCAAACCUCAUCAGCCGUCCCUGUGUACUGCGUUUUGUGAAGCUGGCAAUGUCAACGUCAGCAUUAUGUUGUCUCUGUACCGUCUGUGUAUGUGUGUAUCAGGUCCAGAGUGUGUGUCAACUCUGUAAUUUUUAAGUGACCACUAAAUGCCUCCAAACAAAGAUCCCGGCAGAAAUGUUAUUAUAGUUUUAUUUUAUUUUUGUUUUAUACACAGUGCACACCUUAAGUAUGCCAGGCUCUUAAGAAUACUGAAAACGACUGCUAGAAUGCCGUUUGUUUUAUUGGUUUAUUAGAAAUGUUUUUUGAAUGCUGGACUUUUAUUGGGAAACACUCCAUCGCCUUCAUAUAUUUCAGAAGCAAAUCUUUUAUUUUAUUAUGUGUGUGGAACCGUUUUGAUGAUUUGAUGGUGUUCCUUCCUACCGCUGAAUAAUCGGAAUGCUUUUUUUGAAGGUCUGAUCAAAUGUAUUUAAGGGGUCUUUAUAAAUGGACAUUUUGUUGUAAAUAAAAUAUCGACCGGA